AUGUACGCUCUCGAAUUCAAAUUCAUGCGGGUAUAUAACUCGAAAAAUUACACGAAACGUACUGUAGAAUUGUUUAGGUUUACAAUCCAAUGUAAUUCUUCCCCUUCAGAAGGAAGCAGUUGUGAUCUCUCAACAUCGUUGCUGGAAUCUGUGGUGAUCUCAAUGAAUGUUUCCAAGAAAGGUUUUCACAGAGAGCUUAUUUAUAACAUCCAGUAUGAUCCCACACCGCAGGAUGUAAGAGUCCUGCUGAUUCAGAGAGUACCCAGUGGAAUGUACAUGGAUGCUUAUCAACUUGCAUCUUUGAGAGAGGACACAGGUUUACAAGUGCUACUAGACUCCAAGGUUGACCUGGAAGCCCCUGCCUAUGUAUCACCUGGCUUCUCAGCAUUCAUAUAUCUCACCUCAGAUCCGGUGAGUUCUGGGCAUCUCCAGACAAGAGUCCCCAUCCAUGGCCGGUACCACAGGCCAUCCAGCACAAUCAGAGGAUGGGAGACUGUGGAGAUUGACUAUCCCAGGCUGAUGAUUCGAACAGAGGGCUGUGAGACUCUUCUACCAAGCCCUCCUCACACAAUAGUUGAAGCCUCUUGCACUUUCGACAACCUUAACACAUGCUCAUGGCUAGAAAUCCGUAGAUCACAAGCACUGGAUCCUGUGAGUCUGAAGCUCCCAGUGGGAGGUUUCUCAGAUGUGGUGCCGGUUUGUGCUGGGACGUUGUUGGUCACUCUGCUGUGCUCUUGUCUCCUCUCUGGAGCUAUAUGGAAGUAUGGAGUCUUUGAGCCUUUGUAG